UGUGCCUGAAGAUGAGAUGCGCAUACGAGCGGAUCUGUGACUGAAGGAGCUGACUGCGGCUACCUCUCUCAGUGAGGUGACCCAUGUGGCCGAAUCCCCAGCUCCAGCAGGCGCUUCAGCAGCAGCAGCAGCAGAUGGUGGCCGGCGUCAACAUGCAGUUCGGCGGCAUGCAGCCCAGCCAGAUGAUGGCGCUCCAGCAACACACCAUGAACCAGAUGCAACAACACCAGGUGCCGCUUCAGCAGCAACAGCAGCAGCAGUGGGGUGGUCCGUUCUCUCCCCCCGCACCGCCCGCUGCUGUCCCAGUAGCACCACCUGCGGACAUGGAGCUCAAGAACGUCAUCGAGCGAAUCGCCGGUGGGUCAGCCACUCACUCCUGUCAUGUGUCUUCAAAGGGACGAUGUUUGUCUGUUUGAACAGAUUAUGUGACCAAGAACGGCCCGCAGUUUGUGGAUGUGGUUCGCGAGAAGCAUCCCAACGAUCCCAAGUUCGCUUUUCUCAGCGGCGGGGAGGGACACGACUACUUUCGAUUUUGCCUCUCUGCCGCCCAGCAACAGCAGCACCCCGGCCAAAUGACGCAGAUGAACAUGUUCUUCGGGGGCAUGCGGCCACAGGUGAGGUGCGAGGGAGCGAGAGAGAAAUAAAGGGGAGGGAGGAGUGGGCACAGCACACACACACACACACAUCCAUCCACCGAUGCUCUCAUUCAUUGUGUUGCUGUGGUGUGUCCGCCCGGCAUGGCAUGGCUACAGGCGAGCGUCAGCGGCCCAGCUCCUCUCCCCCCUGUCGCCGCGCCCCCCACUCCCCCAGUGACAUCACUGCCCAUCCAGAUGAACGGCAGUGGCGCUCAGCAGCCACCACCACCACCGCCGCCACUAAAUGGGCCGCUGGAGGCCGGGGGCGGCGACAUGGAAUCGCUCCUUAUGCAGUUUCAGGGUCGGUCAGUGACAGACAGAUCAGCAAGGGCGGUUGGUUGUCUUAUCGCACUGAUGGCAUCUGUGGUUGUGUUUCAGAGCCUCCGAGGGGACCGCCGCUUCCCCCUGAUACGGAGAAAGGGCUCAACGGUACGCACGCACAGACGAUUGGACGAACCCGUUCGUUUUGUGCAGGACUUUAUCCAUCUCUCUCUCUCUGUGUGUGUGUUGAUGUCAGACGUGUUGUGGUCUUUGGAGAAGAAGGCGUCGGGUGACAACAUCCGCAGCGGCCACCAGUGGAUGAAACUCAACGCAAAAAACAUCAAGCAGGUCGGUGUCAGGCAGUGGCACACACACACACACACACGCGCACACACACAAGAGGACACUGGCACUGCUUGUGUGUGUGUGUGUGUGUGUGUGUAUGUGUGUGUUCACAGAUAGCGUGUGCGCUUCGCGAGAGGAUGGCUGACCUGCGGACAUUUGCGCACAAGCUGCACGUGCUGUACCUGGUCCACGACGUCAUACAAGUGAGGCUACAGUCAAUCAAGGACAGAUAGCUGCAGCAGUGGGGUGCUACCUCACACGCACAACCAACCAAAACGACUUAACGACUGCUGCGGUCUUGGUUGAACGAACUUACCCUCAUGGAUGGAUGGAUUGAUCGCAGAGCGAAGUGGCCGAACAGCCAGCGGUACACUCACCCGAACGACCCACUUACCCCACCCACCGCACCACCUCCCUCCCUCUCCCACCACACAAAGACAGACACACGGAAGACCAGACAGAGCAGAGCAGAGCAGAAAGAGACAAGCCAGUGCUGCAUGGACGCCAUGGACGGCAUUGCAUUGCAUUGCAUUGUCUGUGUCCCGCCCUGUUGGUCAGGGUCAAGACCUCCGCAACUCAGACGGCUCGUUCAUCAACGCCUUCUUCCCCUACCUGCCGUGGCUGCUGCGAGACGUCUUCCAGGCCGCCAGCAAGGAUGACCUAGGUGAGUCAGUGAGACCGACACACAUCCAUGCCAUGCAGGUCAGGUGCAGAUAGAUGGUCGUGUACCUUUCUGUCCCCUCUAUGCUAUGCGGUGACGUGACCGACCUACCUGCAGGCGAGACGGUCAAGAACGAGGAGAAGGUGAGGCGUGUGCUCUCCCUCUGGCUCGAUCGCCACAUCAUCAACCAAGACGAGGUCAACAAGAUCACAGCCAUCAUGACGGCACAGAAGCUACCCGACCCCGCACCCAAGACACAGCAGCAGCAGCAGCAGCCUCCACUGCCCCCCGAGACACCCCCAGCCCCUCCAUCGCACGCGCCCCCGCCCCCGCCAGAACAGGUCCCACAGCAGCAGCAGCAGCAAAAGCAGCAGCCGGCCACACAGAGGAAGUAAGAGCGGCGACAAGGCACCCAGAGGCAGGCCUCCACCGUGUUUGUAUGUCAACUUGUGUGUGUCCAUGUGUUUGUGCUGCAUGCAGGAGUCGAUUUGACAAGGGCGUUCCGCCCGCGGGCGUGAUGCCCCCUGCUGCGCCAGCGAUGAUGCCCUUCGCUGGCCUCAUGCAGCAACCCAACCUCGCCAUGACACAACCAGUGCGCAACACCUACGCCGCCCACCCACCCACUCACACAACCAUGCCAUGCACCUGUCUGUCCUUUGUCUGCUGUCGGCCUGCAUCAGUUUCCGCACAUCCUCUCUCCCCCCGGGCAGCCCGCUCCGUUGGGCGGUUUGCCUACUGUGGCGACGCUGAUGACAUCGGUGCCGCCGCCUGGCCAGGGGCUGUCUGGUGGUGGGGCGAUGGCCAUCAAGACGCCCGAGGACGUGCCUGUGGGUGUGAUGGCCACCAUGCUCAAGCAGAUAUCCAGCAGGGGCAAGAACAUGCAGACGGCCUUCGUCCCGUACCGGCCGCUGGACCCAAUGCUCACACCACAGGCGCUCCCACGUAGGCAGACAGACAUGGGACGGACAUACAACAAUGGCUGGGUGGCGGGAUGGAUGGACAAUGUCUGACCGACAUGGUUGUGUGUCUGCUGCAGCGAUGGAGCCGGCCACUGAUCAGAUGAACGAGCGUCUGAAGGACUUUUACGAAGACCUCAAGGACGAGCAGGAGAGGGAGGACCGCGAAGAAAAGAGACGGUACGUCCCACCCACUCACUCACCCAGGCUCACACAUCAACCAACCAAACGAUGAAUGAAUCGACAUAUCACGUGCGUCCGUCCGUCCAUGGACUGCCUGCAGCAAGAAGGAGGCUGAGCGUGCCGAGCGCGAGAAGGAGGAGCGGCGGCUUGAGAGGGAGCGCGAGAAGGAGCGCCUCCGCCGCGGCCCCUCGCCCCGAUCCAGGUCGCGAGAAGGAGACAGGGCGGCACUGCGAGACCGAGACCGAGAUCGCGACAGAGACCGCGACAGGGAGAGGGAGAGGGACCGUGAGAGGGACAGAGACCGCGAUUACCGUCGUGAGAGGCGGCGGAGGAGCCGCAGCCGCUCACGGUCAGUGUCGAGGUCCAGGAGCAGGUCACGGAGCGACGAGAGGGACAGAGCAAAGUGAGAGCACUGCGGUGCAUACAAUGGGCGACUGGACGGAUGGGCGAUUCCUUCCUGUCUGUCUCUCUGUCUGUCUGUCUGUCUGUCUGUUUGUUUGUCCGUGUGUGUGCUCCAGGGAGCUGCGUCGUCGGAAUCGUGAUGCAAUGGUGCGACAGGGCCCGACGUAUGAGCGGCCUGUGGCCUGGGCUCAGGAGGAGAUGGGCAUCGGCGAAGACGGAUCUGUCAUCGGUAAGCCAAUCAACACACGAUAGCCGCCGAACCGGCCAGCCAGCCAGCCAGCCGAUGCAUGGUGUGUCGGCUGGCUCGAUCAGGUCUCGGUGGUCGGCAAAGCGAGCGCAUGGGUCUUGGGGCACUGACCGAGGAGGAGCAGCGGAAGAAGGAUGUAAGCACGCCACCUCACCCAGUCGAUCCCCCGCUCCAUGUCUGUGAGUGAGUCAAUAUGGUGUGUCUGUCUGUCUGUGUCUGUGUGUGGCUCUGUGGUGCAGAUGUUCGAGCAAUAUCGGAAGAGGCAGUCGAUCCGCAUGUUCUCCAGAUAGAUGCAUACGAUAGACAGCUGCAGGAGGCCGCGGCGGCUUCAUGAUCUGUUUUGUGUAUCCAUCACACGGAUCCCGUCGUUGUGUGGCUCUGCGUCAUUGGUCCCAUGACGUCGAUGCCAGACACGUGCACGUCCAGUGGAGUCACUCACAUAACUCUUACACGCGCUUAAGCGAGCAUCUACACAUACGGCUCAUCUCAUGCAUCCCAUCAUCAUCCAUCAUUGCGGAC